AUGGGCGGCGGAGGCAACGGAAAAGAAAAAUGGAAAGUAGGGCCCACCAAAAAGCGAGGGUCACCACAGCGGCAGAAACAGGCAGCAAAAAAGACACCACCAUCAUCGAGAAAAGAGUAUACCACCACAGCAGUCAAUAAUGAUCACAAAAUGGAAGAUGAGAAUGAGCACAUUGAUCUCUCGGCAUCGGCAAAGAGGAUAUCGCCGGACCUGCAACAAUUAUUACUGAAUGUAUUCAAAUAUGCACUCUUCUCUUCCCUCGAGCAGGUAAAUAGAGAUGUCGAUAAUACAGAAGAAGGAGAAGGAGAAGAAGAAGAAGAGAAGGAUAUAUCGACGCAGAUCCAGCAACUCAAAACGCAUUUGUUUAAUCGAGACUUUGAGUCUGCGUUUACGGAUGCGUCGCCUUCGCUUUUGAGGGCUUAUGCGUUGCGCUGGUCUGCGUCGAGAUCGUUGGCUUAUUGUGGUUUGUUCAAGGGUGUUAUUGACUGUGCGCUUGAGUCUGGUCAUGGGUUGGAUGAUGGGAAAGAGGAUGUUGGAGUAUUGUGUAUCGGAGGUGGUGCCGGCGCAGAAAUUGUUGCGUUGGCUGGUGCUUGGAGGGCGCUGCAAGACGAGCAAAAUAUUAUAAAGGAUACAGAUGAGUCGUUACCUCUUGAAGGGGUUGAAAAUCUAUCAUUGGAUGAAGCGACGUCACCUAAACAAAAGAGGAGGAGGAAGAUGGGUAUAACUGCUAUUGAUAUCGCUGAAUGGUCCGAUGUUGUCAGUAGGUUGACAGCGGGGAUACAUUCUCCUGAUGUUUUUGGUACAAAGACAUUUGUGGCGCCUUUGAUAUCGGGGCAGGAAGACGAAGGGAUCGAUAUAUCAUUCCAGAAAAUGGACAUCCUGUCCCUUUCCGAGGAAGGUCUCAAGUCCCUCCUUCAUCGUCAGCGAGUGAUAUCACUGAUGUUCACCCUCAAUGAACUCUUCUCAACAUCUAUAUCAAGAACGACACAAUUACUCCUACGAAUGACGGACAUAGCGAGCCCAGGCACAAUAUUAAUGGUCGUCGAUAGCCCAGGGAGUUACUCAACUCUGUCGUUCGCUAAGAAUGACUCCACAGAGACACAGCAACAGCAACGACAAUAUCCCAUGAAAUUCCUCCUUGAUCAUACCCUUUUGAGUGUCGCAGAAGGGUCCUGGGAAAAACUCGUCUCGCAAGACUCGAGAUGGUUCCGGAAAGACGCCAACCACAAAUUACACUACAACGUGGAGCUGGAAGGUGGACAGGGAUAUAUCAGAUUAGAGGAUAUGAGAUUUCAGAUUCACAUCUAUCGAAGACUGUCUUCUUCGAAUCAGAAGGAAUAA